CCAGCUGAGAGCUUCCGCCGUGCGCUACACGGCAGUAUCGUCGUGCGAUUUCGUUGCAAAUAGGGCGAAGGAGAUAGGGCUUUGCUACACAUCCACUAGUUUCGUUGGCGUAUUUUAACAUUCUGCCGCGAGAAAUAGGCGAUAAUCUUGCAGUUUUGCGUCGUGCUUGCGUAAUUAACGAGACAACGCGAUGGUCCUGGCGGAGAGGAACUCCGAGAACGUACGAAACGGCCGAAGAUCGCGAGGCCCCAGCCCUAAUGUGCAGACGGAAUCGUCCAGCGAAGAGGAUGCAGUUCCAGCGGAAAAAAUUAGAGUUGGACGUGAUUAUCAAGUUAUAGUUCCAGAAUAUGUUCCUGUUCAUGAACGUCGACUGGACCAAUGUCCUGAUAGAGCUCUUUUGGUUUGGUCACCAACCACUGAUAUACCAGAUCAGAAACUGGAUGAAUAUAUCAUAUUGGCAAAAGAGAAAUAUGGUUAUAAUGGAGAACAGGCACUGGGAAUGUUGUUCUGGCAUAAACAUAAUUUGGAACGUGCUGUUCUCGACCUAGCUAAUUUUACACCUUUUCCUGAUGAAUGGACUGUUGAGGAUAAAGUAUUAUUUGAACAAGCAUUUCAAUUUCAUGGAAAGAGUUUCCAUCGUAUUCGCCAAAUGCUACCUGACAAGUCUAUUGCGAGUCUUGUAAAAUACUACUACAGCUGGAAGAAGACACGAACUAGAACUUCAUUGAUGGACAGACAAGCGCGUAAAUUAACGAGCGGUGGCAAGGAAGGCGAAAAUGGCAGCGAAAAUGGAAGCGAGCUUGGCUCCAAUACAGAUAGCGAAUCUGAGGAAAAAAAAUGGACGAUCCACCGCGGAAUACGUCGUGGAAAGAACCAAGCUGUGCCAGGAAGCCAAGGCACUGAUGUUAAGGCCCCGUCCGACUCGGAAAACGCCCCUCAGGUUCAGGGUUCAUGUAGCAAUUGCGGUAUAGCAUGCCAUAGUGUUCGUGCGACGCCCAAGGGACACGCGUGUCAUAGCUGCUAUCUGCACUGGAGGCGCACCGGUGUAACAAGACCGGUGACAUCGAUGGCGGGUCGUACGAAUAAACGAAAACCACCGCGGGGCUUGGUUGUGAAUCAUGAUGAUUUGGCAGCCUUAGCUGGUCAACCAAAUCAAGCUACCAACAGCUUGCAGGCUAUCGACACUGAAAUUGUUAGCCUAAAGCGUCAAAUACAAUCCAACAAGCAACAAGUGAGCGCGCUGAAGCGAAAGACAGCUGACGGCAUUGAUGAUCUGCGGCCGCCCGAAGUAUCGAGCCGGAUAAAUGCACGUUGGACAAAUGACGAACUGUUAUUGGCUGUUCAAGGUGUUCGAAAAUAUGGAAAGGACUUCUCUGCGAUCGCCGACGUAAUCGGCACUAAAACUGAGGCCCACUUACGGUCAUUCUUUGUCAAUUAUAGACGGAGAUACAAUUUGGAUGCGGUUCUGAAGGAAUAUGAGGCUGAAAAUGGCCCGAUUUUAGUUGAUGAUGACAAAGAAGAUAAGAUGGACGUUGAUCAAGCAAAUGAUACUGCAGAGUCAUCUCAAAAGGGAAAGAUGUCCACAGGAUCCGGGCAAGUUAGUAAAUAACAAAUGAGUACAACCUCAAGUACAAAACGAGAAAAAAAUAAUUGUACGCAGCGAUAACAAUCUAUAAUAGUGCAUGGAAAGUUAAUCGAGAAUUUGCCAUUAUUUUAUUUUAUGCGUACAGACUAUUUUCAAUUGUGAAUAUUGAAAUUCAAAUUUUUGUGAAUGCAAAUUCUCAAUUUUCAAACUUAGUACUGUUGUAUUAACUCGCAAUGAAAUGUAACAAUGGCAAAUUCAUGUAUGUAUACGUAUAUAUAUAUGUAUGUAUAUAUAUGUAUGUAUAUUACAAACUAGAGAUUAACUUUUUUUUGUUUUAAAUAUAACAUUUCACGAAUUUGAACAUAUGUAGAACUUAGGAUUAUGUAAAAAAAAAUUGAUCUCAUUUGGAGUUACAGUAUGAUAAAUUAUCAAGUACGGAUAUCCUAGAAAUGUUAAAUCAAAAAAAUAUAUAUAUAUAUUCUACAAAUCAAGGGAUUAUCCGCCAAAAUGUUCCAAUUAAGGGUUCUGAUUUCUUGCUUCUGACAAAAUGCCCACUAUAAAGGGCCCCAGAGAUCUUAAAAAUAAAAAAUUUCAACUAUAUAUCUAUGUUUAUAUUAACUUUUCAUCAAUCAUUGCUACUCGUAUUGUAGCAAAAGUUCCGCUGCAGUGAAAUUUUUGUGGAAGAACUUCACUGCUUACAUAUAUGUAUAUAUAUAUUUUGUAUCACUUGUGUGCCUUCUAAAUUUUAUUGCUCUUCUAAUAAUCCUUAACAGUCUCAACCUUUUUUUUAUAUAAUUUUACUCCAUAAAAAAGCUAUCUAAUUCUUAAAUACUUCCAAAUUUACUUUAUGGCAACAACAAAAAUGAUGUAGAUAGUCAUUUUUACGUUCAAUUCGAUUGAAUUCCACUAAUCGUCAAUUUUUACAUCACACGUAGAAAUCUGUAUAAGCCUAAUGUACAUAUGAAAAAUAUUAGAUAUUUUAACGCUUUCCUUUCUGUAAUUACGAAUUUGAUGCAUAAUUUGUGUGUCACGCCUGAAAGAGAGCUCGAUUGCGUACGGUAAUAAUGUUACAAUAUGGACAAUCUUUACCGUUGUAAGCAAUGGACGGAAAGGAAAGAAAGUAUAUUUAAUUACAGAUGUUUGUAACAACAUCAACAGUAUACCGAAUAUUAUGAUCCACUAUAAAAUUACAAUGCAAAGAUGUAGAUAUCAUUGUAGUAGUUCAUUACAAAAUAUAUAUGCAUUAGUGAGGUCAGUCUAGAUGGUAAUAGAACGCACACUGCGAAAUUUUAUUUAUAAAAUGCAUGAUAGCGAUUAAGCAAUCAUAUUUUUGUGUCUACAUAGUGUAUAUAACAUACGCUAAAACUUUAUUAUGGCGUCAGCUCUCUGUUAGAGACAUCUACUGGUAUGAUUAACAUUUAAGAGACACUACAGAGAAAUAUAUAUAGAAUCCUUCACUCUUUAUUUUUCUCUCUAUGGCUUCUAGUCCUUUGGACUCUGCGGUCAUCUUGAUUGACAAUGUCAAAAACAAGAAAAUAAAGGUUCCUGCAAGCACGUUCUUGAAAACGUGCGAAUGUGUUAAAUCAGGCCAAGUUGAUUUCGAAAUUGUCCCAUAGUACAUUGACCUCUUGCAUUGCUAAAUCUGGCCAAAUCGACUAUGUUUUCUCGUUUCUGACGUCUUUACUUCAACUUAAGUAAUCAUGACCGCGGCGAUGGACGAUGAAUCUUAAUAUUUAUUGAAAUAAUUUUAAUAAUACUUCAGUUCUUCAAACAUCACGAUAACAUUACUAACAUAAUUUAACGCAAUUGGUAUUUAUAUGAUGAUGAAUCUCAUCUUCAUCCGAUUGUUCUUUUUUUCCAUUUCUCUUCCGAUAAUGAAAUUAUAAUGGAAUGAAAGCAUUGUGGAACUUUAAGUGAGUUAUAACUCUGCUCUUAUAAUGCGAUAUUCUACUGCACGUUAAGAAAAAUCAAAUUUUUCGUCACAAUUUAGGGUAAGCUACAUACUGUAUAUGAGUUUAAAGUUCAUAAUAUCGUUAAAUAAAUAGGUAUUUACUAUAUUUAAUUUUGAUAGUAAUAAUAACGAGACUACUAGACACGUGUCUCCAUAUAUAAUAAUAAUAAAAAAUAAUAGCGUCAUUCAAAUUUGACGAAUUAGUGUGUGUGCUCCACGAGAGUGAAGCCGAAGACACACAGAAAAAAUUAAGCAAUAAGACGUAGACAGUAAGCAAAUUUAAAUAUUUAAGAAAACUAUUCAAUCCUUCAUACGGUACAAAAAUAUUCAACUCUUGAAUAUCUUUUAAUAUUCAAGGUUGAGUAUUUUUACGCAAUAAGAAGAAUAAUCAAUUUUGAUUGAUCAAUUUUCGUACUGCUUGCAUCUUACUGCUUAAGUUUUUCCGCGUGUCCGAACCCUAACUGUAUUUGAUAUACGUAAGAAAACGCUAAUAAUGAAAAAACCUUGAUAAAACUAAUAGCGACAUAUCAAGCAAAUGUAAUAGUCCUUCGGUUUGUUCCAGUUGCUCAAACAGAUAAAGAUCAAGAUGAUAAUGUAAAAGUGGAGCAAACUGGUGAAACAUUAGUGUAAAGAGCGUUGCUAAAUUAAAGGAAGGACUCUGUAAUUAGAUAAAUAAUUACUAGAUAUAUAAAUACAAAAAGAAAAACAAAGUUGUUCGUCAUUAGUGGCUACGGGUAGCCAUGAGUGAUAAUGAAAAGAAAAGUAAACCAUACGUGCAGAGAUACGGAAAAGAAAUGUCAAAAAAGCGAUUGUAUUUCGUGAUCAUUGUGCUCUCUUGCGAAUUUGUCGGAGAAUUUGCAAAAUCUACGAGAUCCGAGCUUAGCUUCUGUCAGAGAUACUUUUCCUUUGGAGUUAAAUUUAUCCGCAUUUUACGCACUACGUAACGUGCGUUUUACGGAAUUAACAUGUAUAUGCAUGGUCGCAUUUUAUUUAUUUUCACGUUAUAUUCGACGUUGCCCUUAUAGACGUAGUGUUUUAAAUGUACUCAUGCUCAUCAUCAUCGCGAGGAAAUGUUCUCUAUUUGAAAUUAAACGAUUCGAGCGUUGAUUGAAAUAAUAAUAUAAAGGACGCGUGUUAUAUCACGGAUUUGAUGAUACCAGGAUGUAUAUGCAAAUUUUUCUAGACAUUAAGUUCUCCCUUUUUUUCGCGAAGAUUUAGCAAAGUAAAGUCCCUAUUGCUUGUAACAUACUCGCAACCGCAUUCGUGAAUUGUUUUAACAUCAUAAUAUGUAGUAUAAUGUAAAUACACCGUUCAAGCCUAUAUAUUUAUACACAUUCCCGAGAAUGUGUUUGCCGCACAUUUGGCUGUAUCUGUAAGUUGUACACUUGUAAUUACGCAGAAUUAUUAAAUAUGUCUUGCGCAUUUUGUGAAGA